CUUGAAUUUGCGAUCACUGUCCGGAGCUCUCGACAGUGAUUGCUUUCACAUAAUAUAUUACGCGUUUCGUUUGGUCCACAUUUUCAGUUUCCCAUUUCUCAACUCACCUGCUUCUCUAGACCCUUUAUCUCCCGUAACCCCUAAUCAUACUCAAAUCAACUCUGCAUCGAGUUUUCAAUCAACUAACUACUCUAUAAAGAAGCCCUGGUAGGUAGCACAACCCUUGCGAAAUUAACCAAAAAAACCUUACUGAAAAUGAUGUUUCAGUAAGAAAGAAAGAGUUUUUACUGUGCACAGAUCUUUAGUCUGAUCACUGGUGUAAAUUGAACUGAAUCAAUGGCGGGUGGUGAAGGAGAAGGGACAUCGUUAGAGUUUACACCCACAUGGGUUGUAGCCGCCGUUUGUACCCUCAUCGUCGGAAUCUCCCUCGCCGUCGAACGUCUACUCCAUUACGCCGGCAAGAAAUUGAAAAAGGCAGGUCAAAAGCCGCUUUUUGAAGCCCUGCAAAAGAUCAAAGAAGAGUUGAUGUUGUUGGGGUUUAUAUCGCUUCUAUUAACGGUGUUCCAGUCUAGAAUCAUCAAGAUUUGUGUGAAGGAGAGUGUCAUGGAACACCUCCUCCCAUGCUCGUUACGUGACAGAGAAGAAGCCACCGGUUCUAAGCCAGAGGCAGAGGGUACAUCUCAUCUUCUUCGUCAUUUACUAGCAGAAGAAGCAACAGCGACGGGUUAUUGUGCUUCAAAGGGAGGAAAGGUCCCACUGCUAUCUCUUGAGGCGUUGCAUCAUCUACACAUCUUUAUUUUUGUCCUUGCGGUUGUUCAUGUCACAUUUUCUGUCCUCACUGUUGUAUUUGGAGGAGCAAGGAUAAGACAAUGGAAGCAUUGGGAAGAUUCUAUUGCAAAAGUUAAUUUUGAUACUUCACAAGUUUUGAAGCCAAGAGUGACCCAUGUUAAAGAUCAUGACUUCAUUAGGAACCGAUUUGUGGGCAUUGGCAAAGGCUCAGCCAUCCGAGGCUGGCUGCAUUCUUUCUUCAAGCAAUUUUAUGGAUCUGUAACCAAGUCAGAUUAUGUAGCAUUGCGUUUGGGAUUUAUUACAACACAUUGCAAGGCGAACCCAAAGUUCAACUUUCACAAGUACAUGAUACGCGCUCUUGAAGAUGAUUUUAGAAAAGUCGUUGGGAUCAGCUGGUAUUUGUGGGUGUUUGUGGUCGUGUUCUUGUUGCUCAACAUUAAUGGUUGGCAUACGUAUUUUUGGAUUGCCUUUUUCCCUUUCAUCCUUCUACUUGCUGUGGGAACGAAAUUGGAGCAUAUAAUUAUUCAGUUGGCUCAUGAGGUGGCUGAGAAACAUAUAGCCAUAGAAGGCGAACUGAAUGCAUUUGAGAUUGCGUUCUUCUUCUGGAUAUGGGUUACGUAUGGAUUUGACUCUUGCAUAAUGGGGCAAGUGCGCUACAUUAUUCCACGACUGAUUAUUGGGGUUUUCAUUCAGGUUUUGUGCAGUUACAGCACUCUACCACUUUAUGCUCUUGUAACGCAGAUGGGAACUCAUUUCAAGAAGUCAAUAUUUGAUGAGCACAUGCAAGCAAAAUUUGUGGGUUGGGCUCAAAACGCCAAGAAAAAGGUAGCCACUAAUGCAGGAACAAAUGGCUCGAGCCAUGAUGGCCCAUCUGGCUCAGGUGGUUCAGCUGGUGCAGGUGCAGCCACUGCUGCUACUUCAGCUUUUAAAGGGAUCCAAUUGGCAAAACUUAACCAGAGUCAGCAGUCGUAAAACCAAAUUAUUGCCUUGUGGAGAUGCAUAUGUUAAAUAGUAGUCUGAAAAAUUAGUGCCAAUCUGGAAGCUUGUUCUUCUAUGUUGGGUUUUAGUAAUUGUGUUUCUACCAAAAUUUUGUUUUGAACCUUGAAAAUAUGUAACGAUUUGGAUCCAUGAUGAUGUAUGAGGUGAAUGCAUGGUGGUUUAAAGUUGGUGUUAUGCUGAGAUGCUCAAUUCGUAUACACGCAAAAUUUAUAUAAAAGUAUUUGAUAUUUCUGGAUAGGAUAUUAAAAAAUAUAGACCUACGACUCAUGUAUUAAUGACCAAGUGGCACCUGGUCAACC